AUGGAAAUAUAUGUUCUUGAAGUGUACCUGACCGGACUCGUAUCGCCUGCUUUGGCUCUAGGAACCACUAUUGGAUUCAAGCCGAAGCAGGUGGACCAUCCGGACUCGGGAGUCUGGGGACUUGAGAAGGUUGAGAAGAGUUAUUGCCAAGGGGAUUUUUUGGGGUUUCUCCACAUUGAAGCAGGGAUGAAGAAACCACUAUACCGAGCCAUCAAUAAAAUCACUGGUGCCACAAAAUUCGAGGUGCUUGACCACUUGAUGCGGACUAUUGGUAGUCAGUCAAGUGAUAUAGCCAAGUUCACAUCAAACUAUGCGGAUCCCAAUGCUUGGAAUGAUGUGUAUCUUGCAAUGACAGAUCCUAUCAAAUAUACAGCGGAUGGAGGAACAAAGUGGGAUGUUACUCCACUUCUUAAUGCACCUAGGCAGACUUGA